GGGUUAUAUCUAUUGUUUCUGCCAGGUUUUUUCCUCUCUCUGAUCUGAUUAUUUUAACUACAGUUAAGGGGAAGGCAAGAUGGCUGAGCUAGGCAGCAAAGGAGUCUCUGCAGGAAAGAUAGCCAGCAAUGUGCAGAAGAAGCUCACAAGGGCACAGGAGAAGGUUCUCCAGAAACUGGGCAAAGCAGAUGAGACGAAAGAUGUGCAAUUCGAGCAAUUUGUUCUCAACUUUAACAAGCAGCUGACAGAAGGAAGCAAACUACAGAAAGAUUUGAGGACCUACCUGGCUUCGGUGAAAGCAAUGCACGAUGCUUCCAAGAAACUAACAGAGUGUCUGCAGGAUGUCUACGAGCCAGAAUGGCCAGGGAGAGACGAUACAAACAAGAUAGCCGAGAACAAUGACCUGCUAUGGACAGACUACCAUCAGAAGCUGGUGGAUCAGGCUCUUCUCACCAUGGACACCUACCUUGGACAGUUCCCCGAUAUCAAGUCUCGUAUCGCUAAACGGGGCAGGAAGCUGGUGGAUUAUGACAGCGCCAGACACCACUAUGAAUCACUACAAAAUGCAAAGAAGAAGGAUGAUGCCAAAAUCGCAAAGCCCGUGUCGUUGCUUGAGAAGGCUGCCCCCCAAUGGUGCCAGGGGAAAAUACAAGCCCAUCUGGUUGCCCAAACUAAUCUGCUCCGAAACCAGGCAGAGGAAGAGAUGGUAAAAACCCAAAAAGUAUUUGAAGAAAUGAACACUGAUUUGCAGGAGGAGUUGCCCUCCUUAUGGAACAGUCGUGUUGGUUUCUACGUCAACACAUUCCAGAGCAUCGCUGGCUUGGAGGAAAACUUCCAUAAAGAAAUGGGCAAGCUGCAUCAAAACUUGAAUGAUGUGUUGGUGACAUUGGAUGAACAUCAGGGAAAGCCUUCAGCCAACGCCUUCACCCCAGUGAAAGCUCAGCCAAGAAAGAAAGCUAACUUGUUCUCCCGGCUCAAGAUAAAGAGAAGCAGUGACACCAGUUCCACAAAGGUGAACAAGACGCCAUCCUCACCACCCGAUGGACCUCCUCUUCCAGCCACAGAAAAGACUGUCAACCACCAGUCAGAGGAGGCGUUUGGUUCUCCUGCUGCCUCUGCGACAGGGACCUUCUUUGCUGAUGCCCCAUCUGUGGCCAUCUCCAAGUCACCUUCUCAGCUGAGGAAAGGCCCUCCGGUGCCACCACCACCCAAAGUAACGCCGUCCAAGGACAUCAAGCAGGAGCAAAUCAUCGGUCUGUUUGAUGACAAUUUUGUCCCCGAGAUAAGUGUGACCACUCCCUCACAGUUUGAGGCUGCAUGGCCGCAGCCAGAGGAAACCAGCCUACUGGAUCUUGAUUUUGAUCCCCUGAAACCUGAUUCCUCUUCUGGGGCAACUUCUCAGCCUCUGCCAUGGGAUUUGUGGGAGCCUGAAAAGAGUGCGUCUUUUGGUGGGGAUCAAUUUAGCACCGAUGGUGCUUUUGUUGUGGACUGGUCCAGUCAGCCCACAAACAGUGGUGACCAACCCGAAAAGAGUGCGUCUUUUGGUGGUGACCAAUUUAGCACCGAUAGUGCUUUUGUUGUGGACUGGUCCAGUCAGCCCACAAACAGUGGUGAUCAACCUGAAAAGAGUGCGUCUUUUGGUGGGGAUCAAUUUAGCACCGAUGGUGCUUUUGUUGUGGACUGGUCCAGUCAGCCCACAAACAGUGGUGACCAACCUGAAAAGAGUGCGUCUUUUGGUGGGGAUCAAUUUAGCACCGAUGGUGCUUUUGUUGUGGACUGGUCCAGUCAGCCCACAAACAGUGGUGACCAACCUGAAAAGAGUGCGUCUUUUGGUGGGGAUCAAUUUAGCACCGAUGGUGCUUUUGUUGUGGACUGGUCCAGUCAGCCCACAGACAGUGGUGACCAACCUGAAAAGAGUGCGUCUUUUGGUGGGGAUCAAUUUAGCACCGAUGGUGCUUUUGUUGUGGACUGGUCCAGUCAGCCCACAGACAGUGGUGACCAACCGGCAGAACCAAUACCUGCAGCCAGAGCAGAACAACCGAAGAAAGAUACGGAAAGCAAACCGGAACCAGCUGCACCUGAAAAAGACACUACUACGCAAUCUCAGAGUUCACUCCCUGCUGUGGUUGUUGAAACAUUCACUGCGACCGUCAAUGGCACCGUGGAGAGCAGUCCCCCAAAAAAAGAUAUGCCCCCUGGAUUCUUGUACAAAGUGAAGGCGCAACAUGAUUACGGUGCAACCGAUAGCGAUGAGUUAAACUUGAAAUCUGGUGACGUGGUUCUUGUAACGGAGUUUGAUAACCCUGAGGAACAGAAAAAUUUGGAAGGAGUUUUUAACAGUAAGCAGGACGAGGGUUGGUUAAUGGGAAUUAAAGAAAGCGACUGGCUGCAGAAUAAGGAAUUUGAGAAGCAUAGAGGAGUCUUCCCUGAAAACUUUACUGAGAAAUAUCUGUGAAGAGAGGCAGCCUGCGUUCCUGCCCUGGGAUAUACCGCAAAUUUUCUGUGAAAAUGAUAAAUAAUGUCUACCCAACACACACAAAAAGAAAAGAAAUCAUAUAAGGACAUUAACCGUGAAAGUGUCAAUAUAAAGGUUCAGCUCUGUUACAGAAAGCGAGGUUUAGUGUUGUAAUAGAUUUUACAAUUCCAGGGGUUUGGUACAUUGUAACUUCCGAUAACGGCUCCUCGAUUUGAGACACAGCUGGCUUUACCUUACGUCUGUUACAUGAAUGUUUUAAUGUCAGGGGUGUCACGUUAGUUUAUCCUGUAAAAAAAAAAAAAAAAAAUGCCAACUAUCACGGCUUUCCAGUAGAAGUAACGGGAUUGUGCGUUUGGAAAGGUAUAUAGAUAAUAAGGUAAGAUAAAUGGCUCAGGAGAAAAGUGUAGAACACAUUGCACGGAUCGUAGCUGUCAUAAAUUAUUAAGUGAUAUAGCAUUUUGAGUUAUUUAAUCCUUUGUGUGUCAGAGGGCACAGCAACACAUCGCUGUGCAAUGCUUUGCUCAACCCUUUGGCACCAGGUGUGUGCUGAAUCGGUGUUAAUUCCAGGGCUGUGACUUUUUAAUGGGAAAGGGCAGUGUUAUAGCUAUGGGAAAGAUGGGACUGACGCAGAGAGAGACUUAAUGCUGCAGCUCAGUAGGUAAAGAAACUAGGCAUGGCUUUUUUAUGGGCACCAUUUUGAUGACAUCAUGCUAUUACAUUGGGAAGUCAUCAAGCUGUGGUUGCUCUUUGGCCUCAGGAUAAAAAUAAAAAUAAACAAUGUUUUUUGCUAGUAAACAUUCUUAAAUGAAGACUCUGGGUACAAUAACAACUUCAUCUUAGUGAAGUUGUUUUGAUGUGAGGUGGUCCCCUGGCACUGGCUUACCUCAAGGGGUUAAACUGUUAACAAACGUCUUAACCCCAAAGUGCUAAAUCCGAUAGGUUUCUCAAGCUGUUUUGUGAAUAGGGCGCUACUGAUCACAUCAGCUGACAGCGGCGCUCCUGUCCAAAGCUGACUCAAGCCUCAGGCUGUGGUGGACGGAUAUGACCAAGCGAUUGGGUGACAGAUUCUGCACCCAACGGUUUAACCUCAUAAGGUAAGCUGGCACCUGGUCACCCCCUUGCACUAGAACAACUUAAUUCUGAUAAAGUUAUGGUGACUUGAGUGUCACUUUAAGGAUUAUUGUUGUAGUUGUACACCGUCAUGUACACCAGUAUACCUUCAGCUUCUGUUACCUUUACAUAGCAAAACCGUGUCCCUCUUGCACGUGUCAUGUUAAUUAAAACAGCAUGCACAGAAUUCACCGUUUCUAAUGUAUUCUCCUCCAGCGCUUAUAUAUUCUUGCCGUGUAAGACCAACGCCUUGGUCCUGGAAUUCUCACUAUUUGAUUUUUUUCCUAGCCUUACAAACAGUAACUAGUGCUAUAGAUCCGUCCAGCUUUGGUUUCCAAUAAUGGCUCUGGCUGCUGAAGUGUCCUCUUCCACCUCUAUAUUAUAAAUAUGCCUUCCAGUCCCGUUCUGUUGGAGCGUUCCAGCAGCUGAUCCUCCAUCACUUUGGACAGUUUUUUUGUGUUUUUUUUGUUUUUUUUUGUUUUGUUAUUACUGUUUGGGUUUAUUUUGGAGUCUGUUAUGCCCUCUUGUGGUCAAAAUGAUAAUGACAGAGAACGUGCUAUAUUAUAAAAUCAUUAAAAUAACCGGACUCUAAUAAGUUACUAUGGUUUGCUUUUCUAUGCAUGUUUGUGUUUGUAAUGUUUGUAAUUUCUUUCGUUUUUUUUUUUGUUUUCCAGUUUCUUAUUUCAAAACAUUAUUGUCCCCAAAAGAUUAUACAGCAUAUCCUGUGCCUAUAUAUUUAUCUAUAUUUAUCUAUAUUUGUCUUUAUGUUCACAUUUAAAGGUACACAAAGUCCACAUGUGCUGUACAAUAUUGUAUUUCCAUGGUGUUUGUAGCUUUACGGGUCCCCCACAAUAUGAUUUUUUUCCUAGUAAAAAGCUAAAUUGAGAUUGAGCCCCUGACAGGAUCAUUUCAAUAUUCUCUCAGUCUGGGUAAAAAAUAAAUUGAAGGGAUUUUUUUAACUGGUGAAGUCUGGUUGUUGGACAUUCUAGAUGAGAAGUCAUGGAUUAAUUAUGGGUGGAAGCUGGACAAUUAAUCUUUUGAUACCCAUUUUGUUGGAAGAGCAUUCACAAGGCUCAGAUCUUAUGAUUACCCCGUUUAUUACGUGAGAAGAUACAUGAGGCGCACAACUGCCUGGAAUUGACCAGAUUAAACUAUAAGAAUAAAAAGGCAGAUUAGCAUCAGAGAGAGAAUGAAGAAUGGGAUACCUUGUUUAUGUCCCGUCCAUGAUAGUUCUAUUGAACUUCUAGGGAAGUUCGUCAGCACUAAAUCAUUGAAAUUUUAAGAUGGAUACAGAAUACUACGAUAUACAUUUCUAUGCUUUUUUGUUUUCUGAUUUUUGAUCUGUAAAAGGCAUAAUGCACAUUUAAUAUAAAACUUUAUAUACUCUCCCUUUUUAUCCUAAACAAGACGGUUACUAUUACUGUGACAUCAACACCUGGGGAUCCUUCUAGUGGGGGUGACAUCACGCAGUCACUAAAUGUAUUGCACCCCUGGCUGAAUUAGUCUAUUUACUGUAAGACUAUCCAAACAUAGCACAAUAAGGGAGAUGUACCGAGCGUCAACAGGACAUGUUAGGAACUUGUUUAAAGGGGAUCGAUUUCUAUUUAAGGAGAGCCAUGGGAUAUUGAUCUAAAUUCCUUUCCACCCCUUUCCUUACUGGCCAGGAUACCCAGAAUGUUCUCCUGGUAAUCUGUAUUUUAGGAGGUCUUAGGGGCAUCUGCAAUAUUUGUGUUUUGUUGUUAUUGAUGCAAAUAUGAGUCAAAUCAGAGACACAUUAGAAAUGUCUCUCCAAUGAAAGAGUCUCUGCUGUUCUAUGAAUUCUCUUCAAUCGCUUUAUGCUGAGACUCUGUAGGAUAAUGUUAGAUUUCUCACUGGAGCUAAAUCUCUUUAAAUUGUCAUAGCGUGAUAACUCUCCCAGCAGCAGGAAUGAAAUGUAUUUGUGCAGAGCAGAAAAAAAAAUAAUCCCUCUUUUUUAUUUUCCCUGUGAAAGUGAAAUUUCUUUUAAAACCUUUUCAGUACCCCUCUCCCCCUCAUGCUCAGCAACUCAUAUCUUUGACCAUUCUUCCAAUGCUGUUAUGGUAAUACCACUGUUGUUUAAUUGUAUCAUCCUUUAAAAUCUUCCUUGGCUAAUUGAGGAAGAUGCAUUUAGUUUGGGAUGAUUGUAAACCUAUAUUAACUGUUCAUGUUUUAUAAGAGGUGUGUGUGUACGUGAGCGUGUGUGUUUGUGUGAUCUCCUUGAUAUAGCUACCAGAGCUGUGAUUUUAUACUGUAAUAAGUGUUCUUCGAGUACUUGGCGGAGAGUAGUCUGCAGAAUGGCCAGGAAUAAAGGCAUCUUAUAUUUGGUAAAUUGUAAUUAUAUAUUUGCCUGACUUGCCAGCAUGUACGAACAAUUUUCGCUAAAUAAAACUCCUAAUUUUGCAAACACGAUUUUCUAAUAAACACUAUGAAUUUGGGGAAAAAGGUCAUUCAAAAGGGUAAUUCAAAUAGUUUUUGCAAAUGGAGUUAAGCUUGAAGUACGUGUAACGGGAACGUUUACAGAGAGAGACACUUCCUAAAAUAACUGGUUCUGUCUUUUUAAAUUUGUUAUUUUUUUUUAUUGAUUAAUUACUUCCGUAAUGCUAUCUAUAGCCGCUACCUCUAAUGUUCUGUCACAAUUUACAAAGAAAUGAUACAUUCAGGAGUAUCGCUGAUAAAGCAAUGUUUAUGAAAGAGAUGGAAUAGGUAUGAAAAUUCAGUUAAACCACAUUGUUCAUUAGCAUUAUUAUUAUUAUUAUUAUUUAUAUUUUGGUAAAGACUGUGGCAUUAACUAUUUGGGUAUCACACGGAUGAACGAAGCAAGGUUUGGCUGACAAUCUGAUCUGCAGACACAGUUUAUCAUGGAUACGUUGUUAAAUCUGUUUAAUCUCUGGCAAUAAAGACCCCAGAGUGUUUAAUAAAGAGAUACCACUGGUA